AGUCUCUCCUGAUGAUUUUUUUGAGAAUGAUGGGGGAUUGUCUCUCUUUGCAUGAUAUUAGAACAAACAAAAACAUCAGGUGUCAAUCAUGGGGAAAACUGGUGCCAUCAUUCGUAGGGCAACAUUGUCUUCGGUGAGCGUUAGAUGUCCAUYGGCGCCGCCAAAGCUAUCGCCCCUGGUUCGCUCUUUCUCUUCCAACACCAACACUCGACAAUGGCCGUUUCGGAUUGAUGGACCUUGCGGGUCUCGUAGCUCUGGUAGUUUUCAUAAAUGCGUCACGUCGAGCCAGCCACUGCGACAUCAAAAAAUAAACUCUCGUGUAUCAGUCGCAUCRUUUUCGUCAACUACCGAUGACAAGAAAGAGGGUGUCAUCAGAGGAUGGAUGAACGACCGUACGGCUCGGCAAGAAAAGGAAAAAUACAUGGAACAGAUGACGAGAUUGUCGACCAUGGAUGUAUUCACUAUGGAAAAGUACCGCGAUGAACUUCAGAUGGGUGUAGAUGGUGGAGGCAUGCUAACWAAAGUUUCCUUCAUGCAAACGAAGGAAAUCAAGCAGGCAAAGGAGGUCGUUGAAGUUGUGGAAAAAAUCAUCGAAGUCGUUGGCCCGGAUGCUACGGCCGAAGACUUGAUAAAGAUGGAUCGGCUACAGCGACUUCGUGUAGCAACAKCCGCUAACAGAACACUAGAGGAAAUAUCCAUCAUGGUCAGUCAAAUCACGAACAUGGACGUCAUGCAAAAGACGCUCCGUAAGAGAUAUCUGGAAGGAAAGCCGAUUCCCCCCGACAAAGAGACCAUGCAGUCUGUAAUCCAAAAGGACGCUUUGGCAGUCCUUUCAAAGUCGCAGAAGGAAAUGAUGAGAAGUCGUCAAGAGAGCAACGCACGACGAAUGGCCCGCAAAAGAAGGCGAUAAUGAUGCGUCGCAUAUAGUGGUAAUUUUUCUUGAUUCUAAUACAAUAGUUAAAGCAAU